UAACAAACACUUUUGACUCGAGAAGAUGGUGAAGCUCAAUAGCCUUUUCUGGGGUCCUUUCUUUUUCAUUUGUUUCAUUGAAUUCGUCUCUCUUCGCGCUGAUGCUGCUGUGAAAAAGUACCAGUUUGAUAUUCAGGUGAAGAAUGUUAGCAGGUUGUGCCAUGCCAAGCCCAUUGUUACUGUAAAUGGGAUGUUCCCAGGACCUACAAUCUAUGUCAGAGAAGGCGAUCGAGUUCUAGUUAAUGUCACGAACUAUGCACAAUACAACAUGUCAAUUCACUGGCAUGGAUUGAAGCAGUUCCGUAAUGGCUGGGCAGAUGGACCGGCUUAUAUAACACAAUGUCCUAUCAAGACAGGGCAUAGUUACACCUAUGAUUUUAAUGUGACAGGACAGAGAGGAACUCUGUGGUGGCAUGCACAUGUCUUCUGGCUAAGAGCCACUGUCUAUGGUGCUAUUGUCAUCAUGCCCAAACAAGGGACACCAUAUCCUUUCCCUCGGCCUAACUCAGAAUUUAAUUUACUCUUUGGAGAAUGGUGGAAUACUGACGUUGAAGAGGUUGUUAAACAAGGCAACAAACUGGGAUUGCCUCCAAAAAUGUCAGAUGCACAUACAAUUAAUGGCAAGCCAGGGCCACUCUUCCCAUGUUCCGAGAAACAUACCUUUGCAAUCCAGGUUGAGCAGGGAAAGACAUACCUUUUGAGGAUCAUCAAUGCUGCACUUAAUGAUGAGCUUUUCUUUGCCAUUGCUGGGCACAACAUGACAGUAGUGGAGAUUGAUGCAGUCUAUACCAAACCUUUCACAACUCAAGCAAUACUAAUAGCACCUGGCCAGACUACAAAUGUUCUAAUUCAAGCAAACCAAGUGCCGGGCAGAUAUUUUAUGGCCUCUAGGCCAUUCAUGGAUGCACCACUUUCCAUAGACAACAAAACUGCCACAGCCAUACUACAAUAUAAAGGCAUUCCAAGCUCUGUAGUCCCAACCCUUCCCCACUUACCAGCAGCUAAUGACACAGCCUUUGCACUGAGCUACAAUUCCAAACUUCGGAGUCUAAACUCUCCAAAGUUCCCAGCUAAUGUACCACUCAAAGUUGAUAGACAUCUUUUCUACACAAUUGGCUUGGGUAUUAACCCCUGUCCAACUUGCCAAAAUGGAACUCAACUUACCGCUUCCUUAAACAACAUUUCUUUCGUAAUGCCCCAAACUGGCCUUCUCCAAGCUCAUUAUUUCAAGCUUAAGGGAGUAUUUAGAACAGACUUCCCAGACCGCCCUCCAACACCUUUUAACUACACUGGUGCACCACUUACUGCCAACCUCAAGACUUCAUUAGGCACACGGUUAAGUAAGAUUGCCUUCAAUUCUACGGUAGAGUUAGUAUUACAAGACACCAAUCUUCUCACUGUGGAGUCUCAUCCAUUCCAUCUUCAUGGUUACAAUUUCUUUGUUGUUGGGACUGGUAUUGGGAAUUUUGAUCCUAAGAAAGACCCUGCAAAAUAUAACUUGGUUGAUCCUCCUGAAAGAAACACAGUUGGAGUUCCCACUGGUGGUUGGACUGCGAUAAGGUUUAGGGCUGAUAAUCCAGGUGUAUGGUUCAUGCACUGUCACUUAGAACUUCAUACCAGCUGGGGAUUGAAGACGGCCUUUGUGGUAGAGAAUGGACAAGGCUCAGAUCAAUCUAUUUUGCCUCCACCUAAAGAUCUUCCACCUUGUUAGUUGUUUGGAGUCGAAUAAAUUUGUUUGGGGAUGUAUAAAUUAAUUCUUAUGGGAGCUGACACUUUCUUGUAACAAUUUCUUGCAAAAAGCAGGAUACAAGGACGAAAAUUUUAAUAAUUUAUAUUUCAUUUUAAGUUC